AUGGAUUCCACAGCAGCCUAUGCCUCUCUGGUGAAAGAUGUUAAUUCAUUUGAGUUCACAACAAGCUAUCAUCCAUGUGAGCUGUUGCUCAUUGGAGAUGAAACCUUCCCAGUGCUGGUGAGCACCAAUGGGCAAGUGCUGAUUGCAGCAUCUUGUUAUGGGAAGGGCCGGAUGGUGGUUGUUUCCCAUGAGGGAAUCUUGAAGGACUCCAAGUUUUCCCAGUUCCUCAGAAAUGCUGUGAAGUGGCUCAAACCCUCCCCCGAGGCCCUGGUUGGGGUCCAUCCUCAUUUGGAUUCCCUCUCCCAGCUGCUGCUCAGGGCUGGCACCAAAGUGCAGGCUGGGGCAGAGCUCAGCUCUUCCCUGGGGGUCUACUGCAUGGAUGCCUACAGCACACAAGCAAAAGACCUGGUUGGCUUUGUAAAGGCGGGUGGAGGGCUGCUCAUUGGAGGCCAAGCGUGGUACUGGGCCAGUCGACAUGGCAAGGAGAAGGUGCUGUUUGAAUUCCCUGGGAACCAGGUGACCAGCGUGGCUGGUGUGUACUUCACAGGCAGCGUGGCAGAGAUUGGCACUUUCUCAACGUCCAAAGAAAUGCCGAGGAUUCCUCUGAUCACCCA